AUGCUUUUGACGAAAAAGCCGCAAAAAAGAGCGUCGGAUACUGCCAAAAAUACUGUAAAGGAAUUUGUAUUAAGUGCUGAAAAAUUGAUCAACAGAAUAUCAUGCCAUGAUUUUGAUAUUUUUGAAAUGCAGAGACUUGCAGAAGUUGAUUUCGACGAAAAGCUUAAUAUUGAUUUGUUUAAAAAGGCUUGUCAAGUUCUUCCAAUAAUUGAAUCGAUUGUCGACUUACGGGCCAUUGAUAAUUUUCUGAAAUUUAUCAAACGUCUUGCGUAUAAUUGCGACAGUUGGGAAUCCAUGAUGUUGUAUUUCUAUGAAAAAUUUCGACUUGAGGAUGGCAGCUUAAAGGAAUGGGGAGAUUUUUACCAGUGUGCCUGGCUUUUGAUGCUUUCGCCGACCGGUGCAAUGAAACCUCUUUUAAUGGAAUGCUUGGAUAAUAUACUUAUGGUACCGAAUUUGCUCAUGGUUUUGCGCAAUCUGCCGGGAUAUUGCAACGUUAAGUUAGAAGCGACACUGGACAACAGCAGUAAUACGGAGCAGAAAGCACCAGUUUUAGUAAUUGCAUUAAGGUAA